AUCAGCCUCAACCGAAAAUUAAUUGGAAAUCAACAAGUACAUUGAAAAGCUCCACACCUACCUACAUACUUCUCAUCCUUUACCCUUUUCAUUCUGUCAAUCUUUAAUCAACCAUUCUCAACUGGAAGACUACAACGCCAUAUAUUUUCAAGCGGACAGAUGUGCAAUUGAGGCCGGAUGGAGAGGCGAACGUUCGAGUCUCCCAUGGAAUGGGAGUACCAGAAUCAAGGUCCCGUGGAUCCAUCAAGCCCAUUUGCGCAGUCCACGAAGCAGAUGCAAGCGAACAGCGUCUUCGGUUCGAAUAUCAAUAACAACAAUUCCUUCUCUCGCAAUCCAUUUCAGCGCACUCAGAGCAGCACACCCUCUCCCUCUAAACCUCUACCUCCUACGCCGAAUCCAUCUUCUAUCUUCUCUACCUCGUCAUUUCAGAGAACGAAUACAGCGCCGCCAUUCCGCAAUCCCGCCUUUACGACACCGAGAAAACCCUUCGACGUAGAUGCGCUAUCCGAGGUCUCGGCCGCCGAAUCCAGUCCAGCCGGCACUGAUGCCUCAGAACUUCAAGACACACCUGAGAAUGACAAUUCAUAUGACGUCGCGCACAUGAACAUGACGCCAUCCACCAUGAACAAGUACAGAUCCAAGAAGGUAUCUGGGAAAGGAGAACUAGCGAGGACGAUAUUCCCGUUGCGGGACAAGGUGCGUAAAAGGAAGCGCUAUAACGCCGAUCGAGACGUCAGCGGUUAUCGCGUACCAUAUCUCCAGGAGGAUGAAUGCGACGAGUCGGAUUACGAGUCUGACGAGAGCACCUUUCAGCCGGGGAAGCCCCGUAAAGACGAGAAGAAUCGCAGCAAAGAUGGGUGGUUUGGAUCUUUCCUAGCCACUGUCCAACGGCAUCCGUACGCCCCUAGUAUUUUGGGUUAUUGGGUGACAUUUGCAUUCAACCUCUUUUGUGUGUCUGGCGCGUGUUGGAUUGGUUGGGCCAUCAUCAGCGGUCUGCGCGAAGAUUUCUCUACCGAGAGACAAUCAGCAAGGGCUGAUAUACUAGCCAACAUCGACAAAUGCAGAGCCGACUACAUAGCAAACAAGUGCCAUCCGUUAGAGAAGCGAUUGCCGGGAUUGCACCAGAUAUGCGAGGACUGGCAGGCUUGCAUGAACCAGAACCCAGAUUACGUCAAACAAGUCUCGAACAGCGCGAAGGAGAUGGCCAAAAUUCUGAAUGAUAUCGUCGAAACCAUGUCCUACAAGACUAUCGCUCUGCUUAUCCUUUUAUUUACCAUCUUCAUAUUCAGUGGAAGAUCGUUAUACAAGAGUACGAAUGCUUUUACGGAUAUUCAGCCACAUCCGUCAGCACCUUUCCCCUCUCAUCACCCAGGAGACCAGCACCACGCAAGACCUUCAUCACAAGUGUAUUGGCAAGCCAUACCUCGAACUCCGCAUCGCUCGAACAGUCGACAUUUGCUAGUCAACGACGACACUCCUGACACGGAUGAGAUGCCCAGGUUCCAGGCUCUCCCACCUCCAGAAACGCCGAUGUCGCGGAGGAGAAGCCCGUCCAAGGGAGAGAGAGGUCGAAGUCCUACUAAGAGCAGGAGCCCUACCAAGAAGUACUAAGUCUAGGCAGGGGUUGUACUGUACGAUAUUGUUGGGAAGGAUGAAUACUAUUCCUUUUCUCAUUGACGAUCUCGCAUUGGCAGGCAGGUUUAGGUCAAACGAAUUGACAGGAGGGUGGCUUGCAUAUUAAUGAGAACGUAGGCGUUAGGUAUAGCGAAUAAUCAAAUCCCGCUAGUUACCAAUUAUUCGUGGUCAUAUCUUGUACCGCAAAGUAUACUUUGAACUUGGAUGCUCUUCUGGGUUUCCUUAUACUCGUAAGAGCUACGGCCCCUACAUCCCCUUGACUAUGGAAAGGUUCUCUAUUACGAGGCGAUUCUUAUGUAACCUGAGUGCCUGAGUAGAACGGCGUUAGAACAGGGAUAGACCGUGCUUGCAUACGGCAUGACACUACGCGCACAUCUAUCUUGCGAAUUAGGUACCUAAUUAGCAUGUUAUUAAAGCAAUAUGUAUGUAAAGUGC